GCACGAAAUAUGGCACUUCUCUUGGGUCUGGGACUGAUGGUCCUCAUCCUCGUAGGCGGCACAGAUGGGCGCUGUGAGAGAUCUGCUACUCUGGACCAUGGCACGAUAUCCAAUCGGAAUAGAAAUUUCGUCCGCUUUCGAUGCGAUUACGGAUAUGCGCUGCAAGGCAGUUCCAUCUCGACCUGUGGCUCGGAUGGUCGGCUCCGAGGGGAGCGACCCUUCUGUGCGAAACGGGGCUGCCCAGAGCUAAAUUCGGAGGGGAACAGCUAUAGCUUCACCAACAACGGCCUGAAGGCCUACACUGUUUGCAAUGAUGGCUUCGUGCUGGUGGGCAGUCGCAACGCCUACUGCAAUGGGACGCACUGGAACACCGAAUUGGGCACCUGCCGUCGCAGCAACCACGCAAUGGAUCACUCGUGCGACUUUGAGAGCGAGGAUCAAUGCGGCUGGUCGGCGGAGCAGACAUUCAUGCAACCCUGGAAGCGCAUCAGCACUGUGGCCGACCACCACUCGUUCCGCACGGGUCCGCGGCACGAUCACACCAUUCAGAAUAGCUACGGGGGCCACUACAUGCUCAUGGAGACGAAGAGCGGGGCCUUUGGCAGCUACCACUUCAUGUCGCCCAUCUAUCCUCGGGAGCUCAGUCUGAAGACCGCCUGCUGCUUCCGGUUCCACUACCUAAUGUACGGCGCGGGCGUGGACAACCUGGUGGUGUCCGUUAAGCCGUUUUCCCUGCCCGUCCAAGACAUGUGGUCUACGUACAGGGACAAUUCCACGAAAUGGAAAAUGACUGGCAGUCAGGGCACCCAGUGGCUGGAGCACACCAUCUUCAUUGACGAGAUGGAGGAGGACUUCCAGGUGAUCUUCACGGCCACCGAUGCCAGGUCGCGGCUCGGCGACAUUGCCAUCGAUGAUGUUCGGCUGAUGACGGGCCGGGACUGUGGUGUGGGUGAAUACACGACCACCACGGAGCCCACCGUCACGCCGGACAGAAGCGAUGAGCCAAUGGUCUUUGACAUGGCGAACUGCACGAAUAGGUGUGGCCGACCGGCCACCCCGUACGUUUUCACUGCGAAUGGAAUUCUCAUCGGCUGUGGGUGCAAUGAGGAUUGCGUAGAACAGCAGAAUUGCUGCCUCAAUUACUUCGAGGAGUGUGUUGCGAUGACGGAUGCCACCACUCCGGAAGAGGUUGUGACUACAACAACAACAACGACCAGAAGGCCUACAACCACACCAACGACUACAACAACAACACCAAAACCAACAACAAAGCGAACUACAACAACAACUACAACAACAACUACAACAACAACAACACCAAGGCCAACAACAAAACGUACAACUACUACCACAACAACAACACCAAAACCAACAACAAAAACAACCACAAGACGUACAACAACUACAACAACAAGAAAGCCUACAACAACAACCACAAAGAGGACAACAACAACACGAAGACUUACUACAACGACUAAAAGAACAACAACAACACAAAAAACUACAACAACAACAACACCAAAAACUACAACAACAGCCACUACGCCAAAGACUACAACAAUCGCACCAACGACAACAACUUCAACAACAACCACAGUUUCCACUACAGAGCGGAUCAAUAACCGCAUCUCUUGGACAGUGGAUCCCAAUGCCAUUGCUGGAAACAUGGACAUCACUGGCAACUCCGCCGCCAAUCCCGCCCUCAUCAUGCUGUACAUCCUCCUGGCCAUCGUCCUGAUUGUUGGCGUGGGAAAUGUCACCUAUCGCUGGAUCAUUCCAAUGACAGCGUCCGCCCCCGGCAACGAGAAGGCUGUGGCAUUCCAGAAGGCCUUCAGCAAAGUGAGGAAAACGAGGCUAUUGCGGCGCAAUCAGCCGAAAGACGGUCAGGGUCAGCCGUUGUGCGAUACCGAUGACGAGGAUGGUGAUGACUAUUUCGAGAAUGAUGCAACCCGCUUUGAGGAAAUGGGCGUGGACAUACGGAAUGUGACGGACUUAUAACCGAAAUGCGGGACGCACACAGAACUUUCUCUCUCUCUCUUUCUGUCGCAAUAUGAGGGCGCUGUCCCUACCCGUUAAUCUGUUUUUGUAUGUAUGAUUAUACCUAUUGUAUAGGUUAGGAAUCCUAACUCAUUUAUGUAGAAAACAAA